CGUAAAUGGCUGUCAAUAUUCAGCAUUAAUUAUUCUGUUAUUGUAUAGUAUAUGUUGCUCCACAGUACUGCGUAUUGAUUGAGAAUUUGAGGUACCACCCCAGUCUUCACAAGUCGUUUUACAACUACAGUAUUGUCAUUGAGAGAAAACGCAACAAUGAAGGCCUGAAUUCAUCAUUCACAUCAUCCUUUGACGUUCGCGUCGUCAAAAAAACGAGUGCAAGUGGAUGUUACGUACAGUACGUCGUGUGCGGCACUUCCGGUCCGUUCGGCGGAGGAGAGGCGUUGUUGUAAGCAUCUUCAUUCUGGAACAAGACCGACACAAUGGGCGAUGUACCACUGUAUCUAACGAACGUAAAUGUGUCCGUCGGACAGAGUGCGGACAAGGAACGGAGCCUGAAAGGAACUACAAAUGUUGAGAGUGUGGAGCUGCGCGACGUACAGCAUCGCAGGGAGAAGACCCCUCGAAGGAUAAUCCAUUUCUCCAGCGGGGAGACUAUGGAGGAGUACAGUACAGAUGAGGAGGAGGAUGAAGACAAGGAGACGGAGAGGAAGGACCUGCUCUCCUCCUCGGUUGAUGCGGUGAGGUCAAAGAUGACUUGGGGUCCAUAUUUCUGGUUCCACAUGUGGAGAGCUGCAACAUCAACCAUAUCAGCAUGUGAUUACUUGGGGGAGAGGAUGGCCUCCUUCUUUGGGAUAACUUCAGCCAAAUAUCAGUACGCCAUUGAUGAAUACUACAAAAUAAAGAAAGAGAGGGAGGAGAAGAGGGAGAACCGACUGUCUGAAGAGGCCGAACAUUCCUUUGACCAGUCACAUUCUCAAGAAGCACCAAUUACCAAGACAGAGCUUUCUUCAACUGCUGAUGUCACCUACCAGAUCCAAAAUGAAACUCCUUCAAGCACUAUGGUAGUCCCUGCUAUUGUCACGGCGACUUAACCAUGCACAAUUAGUAAUGUCUACUUGAAAGGGACAAUUGUAUUGUUCACACAACAACCUUCUACAGUAUGUAUGACAUACACAAUUCAAAUGGAUCACAGGAAAGCGUGCUUUUUUUUUUUUUUUUUUUAAACAAUGGAAUGAUUGUCUCAUGGCAAAAAAAUGAUCUAAUACAUUAAUUCCUAAAGUUUUAGUGACUUUACAUUUCAAUGUAUUGAAAAGGGAUUUGCAGUAAUUUCUUCAGCAUGCUUCUUUACUAAAAGUACGCAAUGUGGGGGUGACAUAAUACAACAAACGAGAUUAAGAGAAUCUGUCAGCAUUAAAUGUUUACUGGUAACUAGUGAUAAUGAAAAAUGUAUACCCGCAUUCCAAUCCAUAUGUAUUGAUUUAAAAUUACAAAUUUAAAUGCUUAGCCAGGCUCAAGUUGACGGCUCCUCGGUGGAAAUUUUAAAAAACAAAAUGUCACCGAAACAAACAUUCACAAUUCGAACAUUUGAAAAAAUGUAAUUUGUGAUUUAUUGUACAAAAUACAGUGGUAACUCUACUUACAACAUCGAUUCUGGAAGUCGUCUCAAGACACGUUUUACUUGUAAAUGCCCCAAUCCGUUCCAAACACUACACCACAUUAAAUUUUAUAAUUGGGGUAAAACCGGAAUAAAACAGCCAAACACAUUUGAAUCAUUCCCUAUACCUACUGUAACUGUACCGUUGAUACAUGUAAUGAAGUAGAUAAUAGAACAAAAUGUACAGGAAAAAAAGAAAAUAUAUAUAUCUUACCUUUUGAGUGAGGCAAUGUCCUCUUUCACAAGAUCAGUGGUGCCUAUUACCGACCUCACUCUUUGUGACACAAAAACACGAGCCAUGUGCUCAUUUGCGCAGACGUCGACCGGCGAUAGCAACAAUAACACCGUCGCGCCUGUGCACGUCAUCAUGCUGUGACGCCCAAAUUGAAACAUUGUCAACAAUAGGUGAAUAAGAGACCAGCAUACUGAAAGGGAUGGGAUGGGAAAGAUUUAGACCAAUGGGGCGGCAGGAUCUUAUGGCGCGACAUUUAAAAGCGGAAAGCAGGAAGUACAAACGCAUCUUUAUAGUAUUGUAUAGUAUUUCUGCCUCUCGUAACCUGAAAUUUAUUUCUUAACAAAAGGCAAUAUCUUCCCGUUUAAACAAGUGCUGUCAAAUUUAUCACGUUAACGGGCGGUAAUUAAAUUUUUUAAAUUAAUCACGUUAAAAUUUUUGACGAAUUUAACGCAUGCGCCGAAUGACCCGCUCAUGCAUUGCCUCAGAUUACAAUUGCCACGUUUACAUGGAGCCAAAUAUUCCAAUUACAAUCGGAAUAUUUGUUCAAACCGAAUAAAUGUGUUCCAUAUAAACACCUCAUUCGGAAUGAACAGGCCCAAACCGAAUGGAAUUUCAUUCCGAUUCACAGGGGUGGAAGAUUCCUUUUCCCAGACCGAUUAGAAGUAAAAUUAUAUCAUGUAAACAGGGAAGCGGAAUGGUGUCUGGUUGCGUUCUUUCUGCACAUGCUCCGUACUGACUUGGUGACGUCACUUUGUGACGUAAGUAACGUCACUUGCAACAUGGCUUCCAAGCACAGCGCACGUAAUUGGAGUCCGGCGGAAAGAUUGUAUUUAAUUCAAACUUUAAAAGAAUUGAAUAUAAUUGCUCGCUUAGACGGGCGUAAAACGAGGAACAGUGAACUAUUUAAAAAAGUUCACGAGAGGUUACACGAAGCCGGAAUAGACCGGAGCGUUGACCAGAUUAGAAACCGGUGGAAAACCGGCUACUACAAGGCAAAAGAGCAAAACAGCAGAAGCGGAUACGACCCCACAAACACAACAAGUGGGUUAAAGUUAAAACAGCAGCACUCCGACGAUCGAUCUCCAUGUUUUGCAACGUGACGCUUUGUUUUGAUUAAUCUGCGCAUGUCAGACGGCAGUUGUCAAACGUCCUUUCGGAAUAAAGGCAGUCACAUGUAAAUGCUGGAUCGGAAUAGAUGAAGUGACAUGUAAACAGCUGAUCUGAAAUUUCCAUUCAGAAUGAUUUGAAUCGGUAUGAAUAAAAGUCAGCAUGUAAACGUGGCUAAUGACACACUUGAGAGUUAAGAGGCAGAGAAAGGUGUCUUGUUUUGUGCUUUUUCUUAACAAAGUUAUACCAUACGCGACGUGCUGGCACUUUGUUUCUUUAUCAGCACAUUCAGCUUCAACAUCAACACAGCUUACGGCUCUCGGCAGGCCGUAACUCUUAACUCACUCCUGCAUCAUGUGAGUGAAGAACAUUGGCGCCGCGUGCACUUCAGGGUGCCUCGGAUAAUUGUAUAUCAGAAUAUUACAAAAGGCGAGUGGACACAGAUGUUCAUUGGACCGCGGCAUUUAUUGGCAUAAGCUUCGUCAACUCCUUCACAACAAACAUAAGAAUCAUUUAGUGAAAGCACAACAAAAAUAAUAUCUCUAAAAAAAAAAAAUGUUCACAAAAAGAAAAGCGCUUCAAUCUGUAUAAAUGAGGCCCUAUUCUCACACAGUUAAACAACAUUGCAAAGAGAACUGGCAUUCCCAAUCAAAAUAGGUAUGCAAAAUACACAUAAAACUCACUCAGACUUUGGUCAAACUCUAUUCAAACAUUUCGUUUAGUUCAACAAAUACACUGGAUGGCAAUAUUUAGUCACAAUAUACAAACUAUCAGAGGUCUCUUACGUUGUGACAAAACACACUAUUUGGCUUGAUUUCUAAGUUAAUUUAAAACUCGCCAUUGACACAUUGUGGUGUAUUUCAAUAACUACCUUACGUGGUUAAAGACACUGUGGAAGAACGGCAGGGAGCCCAUGUGACGUCCCGCUCGGUGACGUCAAUAAUGGCGAGCUACUAGUUUAUUUUUUUCAUUGAAAAUUUUACAAAUUUUAUUAAAAGGAAAAAUAAGAGGGGUUUCAAUAUAAAAUUUGUAUAACUUGUACUAACAUCUAUCUAUUAAGAACUUCAAGUCUUUCUAUCCGUGGAUCCCUUUAACAGAAAGAAUGUUAAUAAUGUUAAGGCCAUCUUGUGGAUUUAUUGUUAUAAUAAACAAAUACAGUACGUAUGUACAGUAUGUUGAAUGUAUAUAUCCCUCUUGUCUCUUAUCUUUCCAUUCCAACAAUAAUUUACAGAAAAAUAUGGCAUAGAGAUUGUUUGAGUUGCGAUUAAUUACGAUUAAUUAAUUUUUAAACUGUGAUUAACUCGAUUAAAAAUUUUAAUCGUUUGACAGCCCUAGUUUAAACGUGUCAUAACCUGAAAAUAACGUUUGUAGAGGAACCACUGUACAGUACCGUCCACUCGCCAUUUUGCGCACAGCAAAUUAAAAGAAAAUUUGGCAACGCUAAUUUUUACCACCUUAACCAAAUUGGCAAAGGGGCGCAAAGUUUACCGCAUCUAAAGUCCUGCCCAAGUUAAACUGAGCAUGCCUAUUCUUUAAAAAAACAAAAAUCUUUUUGCGUAGUGUGAAUUUAACAAGGGGUUGUAUUAGUCACUGUAAUUUCCAUAAUCUUAACAUUUUUUCACUUUAACAAAUUCACCAUUGUUAUUGUGCCUUUUCUGGAGAUGUCUUUCUUCAGGCUUCUUAUUGCCUAAAAUAGUUUUGAUAUUAAUUGUUGUGGUCACACUCUUUCUUUGAAAUGUUAAAAGAUCUUUUUUAAAACGCUGAUGUAUUUGUAGUUACAGCAUUGAGAAAUAUUUAAGACAAUAGGAUUGUGAUAGUUUGAGCAUUUUACCUCUUUCCAAUCACAGGCUUACCACAAUGGAUAUCUUGUUUUGACUUGUAUGGUUCGGUUAAGAUGUUCUGAAGAUUUUUAUGUAGGUUGUAUGUUGUGUGAGUAAUCUCAACUACUGUAAGAGCCAUAACACAUUUUUCUGAUAAUUUCCUCCACGUGCUCUAUUAGAGGAGUUCCAAAAAAUCGAUGAUUACAUGCAUCGCAUAUAACAUGUGGCGAUUCGAUUACGAUUCAUAAAUGUUCAAAAACGAUGAUUUUCCCACAUAACUUUAUGACAGCCGCUCGUAGCGGAACGAAAUUCAAGACACGUCAGCCGCCCGGACACCUUUAACGGUUGCACGCUCAACGUUACAAUGGAUGCUGCCUGUAACUGAGUGAGAUAUUUACUCCUUAUCAAAAGACUGGAAAAUAAAUUUGUGUAUGAGACAGGCAGGCAAAGAAGCAGUCGCGCUUCUGUGUGAACAGUUAUUUUUUAGAGCGAGAGGGGAAGAGAGAUAGUUCGUUGCUAAGACCCGUGUGCGUCUAUAAGAGGUGAGUACAUGAACCCUCUUAUUCUGUUUAGCCUUUAUUGUUGUUGUUUUUGAGGUGUUAAUUAGCUAAUUAGCUAAUUCGCUAACGUGUAUUUCAUAUGCAGAACGUGUAAAACCAUGAUUAAGUACAGCAGUAACACUACAAACAUGCGAAAUAGUACAGAAAUCUGCGGUAGCAAAGUCUAUUGGUUAAAAGAAGUCUUAUUUCUAAAGUCACUUUGUUUCCAGAAAAUGUGGAAUUCAAAGUACUCCCUUUAAAAUGGUUAAUGUUUUUUCACCUUCUUGUGAAAAUAAAUAAAUAAAAAAGCAGCUUAAUGGCAGCUUUUUGUUGUAUGGGCAUGUUUCCAUAGUUCCUGUUGAAUCAUUAGGACAUCUUAAAUAAAUAAUGGACAAAAAUGUGUCUACUUUAUUAAUUAGUAAUGUACGAUGCAUCGAUAAUAGUGAUCAUCGUCAAUACCGUGAUCAUCGUACAAGAAUCGAAUCGAAGCCCCCUGAAUCGUAAUCGAAACAAAUUGUGGGCUGCCUAAGAUGGCACACCCAUAUGCUCUAUGUUAGAUCUCUCACAUUUUGUAGAUCGGUUAAUGAAAAUCAGGACCCAAUUUAUCUAGAGCUACAGUGCCUUGCAAAAGUAUUCGGCCCCCUUGAACCUUGCAACCUUUCGCCACAUUUCAGGCUUCAAACAUAAAGAUAUAAAAUUUUAAUUUUUUGUCAAGAAUCAACAACAAGUGGGACACAAUCGUGAAGUGGAACAAAAUUUAUUGGAUAAUUUAAACUUUUUUAACAAAUAAACUGAAAAGUGGGGCGUGCAAUAUUAUUCGGCCCACCUGCGUUAAUACUUUGUAGCGCCACCUUUUGCUCCAAUUACAGCUGCAAGUCGCUUGGGGUAUGUUUCUAUCAGUUUUGCACAUCGAGAGACUGACAUUCUUCCCCAUUCUUCCUUGCAAAACAGCUCGAGCUCAGUGAGGUUGGAUGGAGAGUGUUUGUAAACAGCAGUCUUCAGCUCUUUCCACAGAUUAUCGAUUGGAUUCAGGUCUGGACUUUGACUUGGCCAUUCUAACACCUGGAUACGUUUAUUUUUGAACCAUUCCAUUGUAGAUUUGGCUUUAUGUUUUGGAUCAUUGUCCUGUUGGAAGAUAAAUCUCCGUCCCAGUCUCAGGUCUUGUGCAGAUACCAACAGGUUUUCUUCCAGAAUGUUCCUGUAUUUGGCUGCAUCCAUCUUUCCGUCAAUUUUAACCAUCUUCCCUGUCCCUGCUGAAGAAAAGCAGGCCCAAACCAUGAUGCUGCCACCACCAUGUUUGACAGUGGGGAUGGUGUGUUCAGGGUGAUGAGCUGUGUUGCUUUUACGCCAAACAUAUCGUUUUGCAUUGUGGCCAAAAAGUUCAAUUUUGGUUUCAUCUGACCAGAGCACCUUCUUCCACAUGUUUGGUGUGUCUCCCAGGUGGCUUGUGGCAAACUUUAUAAACGAGACUUUUUAUGGAUAUCUUUGAGAAAUGGCUUUCUUCUUGCCACUGUUCCGUAAAGGCCAGAUAUGUGCAGUGUACGACUGAUUGUUGUCCUAUGGACAGACUCUCCCACCUCAGCUGUAGAUCUCCACAGUUCAUCCAGAGUGAUCAUGGGCCUCUUGGCUGCAUCUCUGAUCAGUUUUCUCCUUGUUUGAGAAGAAAGUUUGGAAGGACGGCCGGGUCUUGGUAGAUUUGCAGUGGUCUGAUGCUCCUUCCAUUUCAAUAUGAUGGCUUGCACAGUGCUCCUUGAGAUGUUUAAAGCUUGUGAAAUCUUUUUGUAUCCAAAUCCGGCUUUAAACUUCUCCACAACAGUAUCUCGGACCUGCCUGGUGUGUUCCUUGGUUUUCAUAAUGCUCUCUGCGCUUUAAAGAGCAUACGACACCAGAAAAAAAGUCUUAAAUGGCAUUAUUAUGUGAAUUAGAAUCAUAUUUUGAGACGAUUCGACCAUAUACAACAAUUUAGCAAAGCGCAGAUGACGAGAAAUUAGUCUUUUAAUCUGCCGGUUAGCCACGCCUACAAUUAUAGGGCUUUAGCGUCCCCAACAGGUGGAUGACGUCAGCGGUAGACUAGGCUCAUCGGUUUUACUAUUCAGCCCAUUGAGGGGGAAUUUUUCAGAACGAGGAAAAUGAGACGAAGAGAGCUGCAAAAUGUCAUUGUUUCAGUCUCUCUACUCCCAAUAUUUUUACAGGAUAUUCUUUUUAUCCAAGUAUUUUCCCCAAUAGCUAUAUAAAUGGCUUGAGAAGGACCAGUCAGCCCGUCGAGGGGGAACUAUUCACAAUGAGGAAAACGCGACGAAGAGAGCGGCAAAAUGUCAUUGUUUCUGUCUCUUUACUUCAAUAUUUUUACAGGAUAUUCUUUUUAUCCAAGUAUUUUUCCCCAAUAGCUAUAUAAAUGGCUUGAGAAGGACCAGUCAGCCCGUCGAGGGGGAACUAUUCACAAUGAGGAAAACGCAACGAAGAGAGCGGCAAAAUGUCAUUGUUUCUGUCUCUUUACUUCAAUAUUUUUACAGGAUAUUCUUUUUACCCAAGUACUUUCCCCAAUUGCUAAAUAAAUGGCAUGGUCAUGACAAAUAACUUGUGCUAAAUGGAAUAUAAAAUAAUAAAAAUCCAUUUAUUCAAGACGACAUGGCAAAAUUACUCCAUAAUGGUCAAAACAGUCGACUUUACCUUUACUGUCACACCUGCCGAACGAUAUUUUAUGACACCUAAAUCGGACAUAUGUCAUUUCCCUUCCCCGGCUUCGGAGAAUGUAAACAGACCAGAAGGAGUGACAGCUAGCCGACAUGCUAACCCGAACCGAGGGAUGUUUCAAAGUCUUCGAAGUGGAAAAUCACACAUAACUAGCCUGGAUUAUUUGACAUGACGACCCGGUUGUCGAGUUUCUUUGCGGAUCGGCAAACCGCCCGGCGGAGAGCAAUUUACAGUUCGUUCCCUGGAGGAGGGUGGCUGGAAUUGUUGUGUAGCUAACGCGCUAACAGCUAACUGCUAAUGAGCGUGAGGAUAGCUUUUUACAUGCCUAUCAAUGAUCAAACGUAAGUAGUCCUUUAUUUAAAGGAAUUUUAUAGUGUUUACUUUGUAAUCACUGUAUUCGUAUUUGACAUAAUACAAAACAAGAUGUUUACUCACUUCCUUGUAAGUCCAAUGGUCCCACAGUAAAUAUCCACGGUGAAUGGGAACCUUUUGAAACUCCAAAAAGGCGCAUACGCCUCUCCCGCAUACAGAAUGAUUUUUCUGCAGCCGUUUGGCUGGCGUGAUGCAAAAAAUAAAAGUAUUAAUCCGCAAAAUCAGCUGAAUCCUUCGUCCUCAUACACAACAGUACACUGUAGCGUGAAGAGGACGUCUUCUACCGUACACGUCACAGCGCCCUCCUCCUCAAUGCGAGACCGAAGCCGGAAGUCACUCAUUUUCCUGGCGCGGGAUUCAAAAAACUAAAUAAAUAUAGCGAUCGCUUCCACACACAUCCAAGCGGUCCAUAUCAUUCAGGAGCAUAAAAUACCACGUGUAUUAUGAAAUAAACAUGCUUUUUCGUGUCACAAGCACUUUAAACAGAACCCUGAGACUAUCACAGAGCAGGUGCAUUUAUACGGAGACUUGAUUACACACAGGUGGAUUCUAUUUAUCAUCAUCGGUCAUUUAGGACAACAUCGGAUCAUUCAGAGAUCCUCACUGAACUUCUGGAGUGAGUUUGCUGUACUGAAAGUAAAGGGGCCGAAUAAUAUUGCACGCCCCACUUUUCAGUUUUUUAUUUGUUAAAAAAGUUUAAAUUAUCCAAUAAAUGUUGUUCCACUUCACGAUUGUGUCCCACUUGUUGUUGAUUCUUGACAAAAAAAUU